AGAGAAGCCAAAGAGAAGCGCUACCGCAAUGCCACUUGGCGUUUACGAGAAUAAUUUAGCCAGUUGCUGUCUCAAAAUUUGCGACAAAUGGUUGAGAUUCACGUAGCUCUGAUAUUUGAAAGCAAUUUAUUCAAAAAUGCAGUGCUCCCAAGAUAGCGCGAGACUAUAAGGGUGAUAAUUCGGCUACAUUGCUGUGUGGCGUGAGUUUUGGCGUGCUUGUAUCGUCCUGACACGGGCCUGGGCAAGAUUCCUAUAGACUGGGUUUGUGUGGCUCUCGUUGUGGAGCAGCAGCGGGCGUCAACAUUCAGCAUUCUCAAGGAUUUGUGAAAUUUGUGAUUUAGUGCAGGUGGUGUGCGUGCCGUUUUGUGAUUCAGUGUUCCGAUAAAGCUGUGGUGCCCAUCAUGAUGUUAUGACUGUCCUGGAACGUGACAGUCACUGCAAGGGACACCAAGAAAUUCAGUCAAGAAGGAACCAUCACUCAAAUCAGAAUAUGGCGUGGGGAACUGAAUUAUGGGAUCAGUUCGACAACAUCGCGCUCCACACACAGAAGGGACUCGACUUUUUGGACAAGUACGGCCGCCUGAUCAGAGACAGGUCCGAUGUGGAGAACCGGUAUGCGGCCGACCUCAGGAGCCUCGUGAAGAAGUACCAGCUGAAGAAGAAGGAUGACGAUAUGCAGUUCACGUCGCACUCGGCGUACCGCGCCAUGCUGGCCGAGGUCGGCGACCUGGCCGGUCAGCACGAGGUGGUGGCCGAACAGCUGGCCGCCAGCGUCGUGUCCGACGUCACCGCCACGGCCAGGACGCUCAAGGACGAACGCAAACGGCUGCUGCACGAAGCGACGCGGCUGCAGAACCAGCUCAACAACCAACGCCAGCAGUUGGAGAAGGCCAAAAAGAACUACGAAAAGUCGGCGCGCGAGGCAGAAAAGGCCCUGGAGAACUACCACAAAGCCGACGCCGACCUAAACCUCAGCCGUGCCGAGGUGGAAAAACAAAAGAUGAACUCGAGCCUACGAGACCAGCAGUGCGAGGAUAACAAGAAUGAGUACGCCAACCAGCUGCAGAAAACGAACGACCUCCAGCACGAGCACUACGCGCGUCUGUUGCCGGCCAUCUACGACGAGCUGCAGGCGCUGGACGAGCGGCGCGCGCGCUGCCAGCAGGACCACCUGCGCCGGGCGGUGGACAUCGAGCGCCACGUGUUCCCCAUCAUCCACACCUGCCUGGACGGCAUGGUGCGCGCAGCCGAUACCAUCGACGCCGAAAAGGACUCGCAACUGGUGAUCGAGCGCUACAAGUCGGGCUUCGAGCCGCCCGACAGCAUCCCCUUCGAGGACCUGUCUUCGGCGAGGAACGGUGAGGCGCCGCCGGCCGGCUCGGCGACCAUGGUGCACUCCUCACCAGCCAUCGCUGACUCGCCACGUGGGCUCACCAUCAAGGGCACGCUCUCCGCCGCCAAGUUCAAGAAGCGAGGCGGCAUCUUCGGUAUCUUCAGUGGCAGCAAGAACUCCUCGCCAAAUGCGUCGUUUGAGUCGUUCAUGAAGGAGGACCUGGACAGCCUGCCACCCAACCAGCGACGAAAACGGAUCCGGCAGAAGCUGGACGAUCUCACCUCCAAGAUCAACCAGGAGACGGCUACACGGGACGGUCUGAUGAAGAUGAAGGGCGUGUACGAGAGUAACCCGGCGCUGGGCGACCCGAUGACGAUCGAGUCUCAGCUGCGGGAAAACACCCAGCGUCUGGAGAAGCUGCGGCUCGAGCUGCACAAGUAUCAGCGGCUACAAGACACGAACGGGCAGCGGUGCAGUCUGAGUGAACCGGAGGGCAACCUCAGUCGGUCCACCAGCGACUCCUCGGUGAACCAGCUGGGCGGCGCUCCGGCCCCGGCCGCGCCGGCCGCUGCCGCCGCCGCCGCCGGCGCGGGCCACUCGGCCACUCUGCCCAGCCACAUCUCGUCCAACAGCCCCGAGUCGGGCCUGGGCAGCACCUCGCACGCCUCUCUGCCGGGCUCCGACUCUGACGUCGACGAUAGCCGCGCCGCCAACGGGGCGCCACCCGUCACCGACGGGGGCGACGACUCGGAGCUGGCCUUCGUCGACGACCCGCUGCCGGUCAUAGCGUCGGCGUCGGCCCUCUACCCCUUCGACGCGUCGUCAGAAGGUUCGAUCCCGAUGCAGGAGGGCGAGCGGCUGCUGGUGAUUGAGCUGGACCAGGGCGACGGCUGGACGCGCGUCCGGCGACACGACAGUCUCGAGGAGGGCUUCGUGCCCACCGCCUACCUACAGGUGCACUCAGAGCGCUGAGACCGGCGCCGAGCUGCGCUUAAACCGACCGCCGCCGGCCGCCGCGGCUGCAUUUCAGCGGUGAGGCGACUCCUGUGCCCGCCCACCGCGAAGCAAUCUUUCAUUUAGUCAUCGACAUAUGUGUGAAUGUGAGUGUGACCGUCCCCGGCCGGUGGAAUGCCAGUGAGUGAGUCGUACAGAGCGGUCAGUGGUCAGUUUUAGUUUCAUCGUGAGCUCGCAUUUCGCCCGUUUAUUUUGUCACGUUCAGACGGCGGGCUGUGCGCCGAGGGUGUCUGGCUCUCGGAGUCUGUCCGUCGCUUAUGCGUUCCUCCCAUGGAGAGAGUCCAGUGCCGCGGUCGGCUGGUGGACUGGCGGUACUUCUGCCUAUGGAGCCGCUCCCGUGCUGGCAGUGUCUGCAUUUUCCGCUGGUGCGGCCCGCCCCGUGCCGGGGUGUCCUUUGGUUGUGCCGAGCUGAUACCGAUCUAUGCUGCUCUCAGUUGAGUGUAGGUCAGAGCUGGGCGUACCGGUACCGCUAUGUGCUAGUACAGUCAGCUGGCUUUUAUUAGGGAGCUAAUCUGAGAUCAGGACCUGACGGUUGUAAUCCCUACUAUUCAGAGAUCCGAUACUGUAUCGCCUACUUCGUAUUGUUGCUCGUGUGGAGCACGGUUUCCCUAACACUAGGGAGAACGCUUCAUUAAUGUGCAUAUUUUGACAAAUGAACUAGUUCGCUGCCGGUAAGCGCCAGUGGAGCCGCAGCCAACAACGAACCACGUGAACGCACACGUGCCCACGCCGCUAGCCUGUCUCUGCCUGCCGCUAAGCGAAGCAAAUCUCAGCUAUUUUCUGCGUCAAUAUUGUACUGUGUGGCCGUAUAUAACUGUGUACCGUGUAUGUGCGCGCGCUUCCGCGGCGUGUGGUGCCGCGGCCAGUGCCGGCGCGACGGCUCUGGUACAGUGCAAUCAAGUGUCGAACGUGUGGCGGCGCGCACUGUCGGCAGGUCCGACAGGUUCGUUUUCUUGGCGACACUGAGGACCACAGCGGCAGUGGCAGCGAAUGAAAGCUCGGAUAUAAAGGCCCGCCUUACAUUAUCAGUUCCAGUAAAGGUUUCAUAGAACUGACGGAUUCAGUUUCAUUCUCUCAUUGAUUUGUCUACUUGUCUGGUCUGACUGAUGUCGAAGUGUGGUCUGAUGUCCUCCGAAGCCCGGCACCGUGCUAUGGUUCGGGCUCUGUCGGCGCUGCCCGCUGCCCGCCGCCGCGCCGGUCCGAUCCAGUGAAUGUACAUAUACUCGUCGCCGCCGCCCCGGCCGCUCUCCUAUGCACACAUUGUCUCGGCGACCCGUGCCGAGUCGUCGUGGCGCUGUAAGUAGACUAUUUAUCGCAGUGACUCGGAAUACAGAGCGACCUAUGA